CGCGAUAUGCCGUUCAAGCACAAUUAAGUUCCUGUUUCUGGCACAAUAAAGGGAUUGGUUUAUGGAUUGUGCACACACACACACACACUCACUCAGCCGCACUUUGACGUUUUCAGUGGAUGCGCCCGUCUCACCUUGACGAGCUGACUGCUGAAACGAACGCCUGCAUCGCUAUAUAAAUAAGUGCGCAGUCGACAUCAAUCUCGUCCAAGCCACGCUCUCCUCGCAGCCCGCAGCCCGCAGCCCGCAGCCGACUGACGACUUCCGACCUACAUACCAUCCUCGAGCGUUGUCCAGCACAGCCCAACACCAGCAUCAUGUCCGACGAAGCGCCCGAUCCCGUAGUGCUUCGAGCAGUCCCCUCCACCAACGUAUUCAGAUCGGACAUUUUCGCAGGCAAAGUGUUGUUGUGUUCUGGGGGAGGCUCGGGCAUCUGCAAGGGCAUGGUAGCGACGAUGAUGAAGCACGGAUGCAACGCUGCCAUCAUCGGAAGGAAAGCGGACAGGUUGAAUGCUGCUUCGAAGGAACUGGAAAAGGAGGCUGGCAAUGGAACAAAGUGCAUCGCUACUCCCGGCGAUGUCAGAAAGAUUGAGGAUAUGAACGAGAGCGUCAAAAAGACCAUCGCAGAGUUUGGAAGAAUCGACUUUGUCAUCUGUGGAGCGGCAGGCAACUUUCUGGCCAGCUUGGAAAGCCUCUCGUCCAACGCCUUCAAGACGAUUCAAGAGAUCGAUCUGCUGGGCACAUACAAUCUCUUCAAGGCUUCUCUCGACGAGGUCAAAAAGUCCCACGGCGCAUAUGUUCACGUCACAGCGACGCUUCAUCACACCGGUAUUCCCUGGCAGAGUCCAGCAUCAGCAGCCAAGGCGGCCAUCGAGACGCUAUCGCAGAGCAUAGCAGUGGAGAUGGGUCCGUGGGGUGUCAGGUCCAACUGCAUCGCUCCUGGCAUCAUCAAGGGUACCGAGGGUGCAGACAGGCUGACUCCAAAGGGCGCCGAGGACUACGUAGCUAGUCAAAUCCCGUUGCAGCGUCAAGGAGACUUGCACGACAUUGCAAACGCUACCGUAUUCCUCUUUUCAGAAGCGGCUUCCUACAUCAACGGCACGGUUGUCAUCGUCGAUGGUGCAGCUCGCAAUUUCCCUGGUCCUUUUUUGCCCUACCCGACCAGCUCCCUGGACCAAAAAUCCAUCGCAGACAUUGUCAAGGGCAGUCGAUUGUAAAAAGCUGGUGCUCACACGCGCAGCUGCACCCUUUGUCUCAACUUCUACGCGUCUGACUUGGUCGAGGACAAAAGUUUGGAUGCGCAAGUGCGGCCUCAUGAACAUGCGCGGCGUUGAUACCGGAGAGUUUGCUACACAUACAUUAAUUAUUGGGAAUGAAAUGGUUGCUCGCCUGAUCUAAGA